AUUAAUUUGUAUCUAAAUAUCAUAUAAAGAGAUUAUUUCUACUCAAUGUUUUUUAAUAGAAAAUGGAUUGAAAAUAUCUACCCUGGUAAAAGGGGUGGCGUACAGCACCAGGAAAGUCAACAAGAUCAAUUAUACAAUGAUAGACCUAAAUCAUUGUUGAAUGGAUCUAAACUACAUAAUCCAUCGGAAUGUAAUCGAUUUUAUCAGAUUUCAGUUGUCAUUGCAAUCCUAUUGUUGAUCUCAUUUUAUUUCAUACCGUUCCCCAUCAAUUUGGCCCUGUUCAUCCUAUCGUUGAUAGCAUUCCUGUCGACAUCCUAUUGGCUAUACCGGCGCCAACAGUCUCGUUUGAAUUUAUCAUCCCGUGACUGGUCUACUGCCAUAUACUCACCCAAUCAUCCGAGCAAUGGUAUAGACGAUGCAGACCAUCAACUCGUUGACGUACCUCUCGAACCAAUUACUAUAUCGCCGGACGACUCGGAACGUCAUUUUGAGAAAAUUUGAUAAAAUAAUGAAA